AUGCCAAUGGUAACAGGGCACAACUGCAUGGGCGCAGUCCUGUACCCGAUACCAAUGGUAGACUUUAUAAUGGCUGAUGUAACCGACAGCAUGCUCGAUGGUGUGAUCAGCGGGUUCCCGAACACAUAUGCAUCGAAAGUCGGUAAGACUUCUGAUGGCAUGUAUAAGGCUUGCUUCUCCAGCUACAUGUCCAUGAUGUGCUCUUCGAUAUUUCCUCGCUGCACGACACCUUUCAGCAGAGCAGAAUUUUCGCCUGUUGGCGGCCGGGUGCCUAUGUGCUUUCCGUUGUGCAUCCUGCCGCUGGUGCUUUGCCCAGGGUGCGCAAUCAUUUCCCGGGUCAAAGGCAGAAGCAGAGGCGCUUCUGUGCUUGUGGAAUCUUUUGGCAGGUGUGGUUUCCUACCGCUACUUUUGCUCGCUUAUCAUCAAGUAACAUGUUGGCAGUACCAAUCUUUCGACGAUGCAAAUCCUUUUCCGCGAGAAUGUCCGCCUGCUGAUUACAGUGACAACAGCUUGGACGGCCCUGAGAACCCGCGACUCUAUGAUGACAACGCUGCUGGAACUCGGCAAAGUGUUCUCGGACAGGAGCAGGAGAUCUUGCUUAGGGGCAGCGCAACCGCUGCCUCCCUUUCCAAUGGUGUGGGUGGGCAGCCUUCGAUGGCGUCGCGCGGUGGUUUUCGCAAGCCAGUGCGCUCAGGUGCUCUUGUGCCUGAGCGGCAAGAUGAUGGUGCAGGAUUGAGCGCAGACACUGCAGAUUUGGAGGAGGUGGAAAGUGAGGAGGUGGAACAAGGGCUGGAGGACAGCAGUGACGGUUCAGCGGCAGGUGCACCAAGCAGCCAUGCAGGUGAGCUACCGGUGGUCAAGGUGUGA